AGUCGGAGCGUGUGAAACUCUGCCUGCAGCUCGCUUUUGACUUGGUCCUAUGAGCGGAGCCAACAUGGCGCCUCCCAGUGCACGGCGAGCCCCGGGCUGCCAGGCUCUGCAGGCUGGGUAAUAGGAAACACAUUGGUCACCAAAAAAAAAAAAAAAAAAAAAAAAAAGUGGGGGUGGGGUGGGCGCAGGGGGCUACAGGCCGUUGGGUCUGCAGGCAGAAAACCCUCUUUUAAACUCCUGCUUGGCAAGUGAGUGCGGUCCUCAAUUAUUCUGUAGUUAAAGCAACAGUGUUCGUAGGGAGCCCAGCACCCUCCUGCCCCCCUCGAGCUCAUCCCUCACCCCCCCGUUAUUCUGGAGAGUUGAUAUCUUGUCCUCUGUCUUCCGGGAACCAAAUAAAAACUGUGUAUGUGGGGGGGGGGGGUCUGUAUGCACAAAUGAUCCUAAAUGUUUGACUGGUAUAGGGGGAGGGGGAGAAGCGAGAUUUGCAGACUUUGGUCGGUUCUCAUGAAUGCAGGGGCUGCGCCGGCUUUGGCGCGGGCCGGAGCCCGCUAGGGAGGAGAGUGCGGGCUGCGAACCCCGCUGGACAGAGGCAGAACUUGCUACUUGCAAAGCAAAGUUUUAAGCAAGGUGGCUUUCGGGGAGGAAGGUGGCCUGGGGAGUGAUAGUGAACAGGGGCCUAGGGCUGGUUCCGGGGGAGGGUGAACGGCACCCCAGAAAAAUGUGCACUUCUUGCACGAACGCUUCUGCGGUGGCGGAUCCUCUUUCUCUAAUAGGGUUGAGAGCACGGGAUAGGCCUGGCCUCCCAGAUGCAGCGAUGCAGGACCUCUUUAGGACCGGUAGAUUGGGCCCGGACCUCGCUCUGGGCCGCAGGGGGAAUCACACCCGCUAGGUCCAAUUCCGGCCCUAACCCUGGCCGGCAGAGCCCUAUCUCUGCCACCCGGGAGGGGAGCAAGGUACUCUAAAUUCUAGGCCUCGUCAAGAUUUAUUGAAGUUGGGUUUUUAAAACGUGCUUCAGAUGAUUUUUCCCAUUUUCUCAAAUUUCAAAGGCGCCCUGCAGUGCGGCUGCCUAAUUAAUGGUGAAAUUCAACUAAAUCUAAUUAUGCAGUAAUUUUAAAGCAGUUAGUGCUGGGCGUUGGUCUGAAAUAGGACCUCAGUUUUUGAAAGUUUGCUUACUGUAUUGAUUUAGGGUAAAGCUAUCUUUUGUAUGGUAGAGGAAGACGGGGAAAAUAGAUUUACUGCUUGAACUGGAGGGCAGAUUACCGCGCAGCACCCCACCUCCAUUGCAUCUUUAAGUGUAUCUCCAUUUCCUCUUCUCUCCCUUGCUCACGCUGUAAAGCUAGGCGAGGUGCUAACUCAACCAGGAGACCUGGUUUCCUGGUCCGAGAGAAAGGGAGAAUCUUUCCCAUGGAGACACAAAGGGCUUGGUGUCUGACCUGCUGGCUGCAUCCAUAAAAUGCCUGACAACGGGAAAGGGCCCUGAUGUCCUAAUAGAGAUUUCCUCCCCUUCCAUCCAUUGUCAUUAAGGCCUAGAGCUGACUCCUGGUGUUAUAAAUCUUAUCAUCCUUCUGAUAACACACUUGUAAUAAGUAAGCGUCCUAUUCGGAGUGAAUGGUAAAAUUGCCUCAUUCGAUGUGGCAUCUGUGCCAUUAAAACUUUUUAUUUAUUUAUUUAUUUCCCCUUGGAGUCUUGCAGGUCUGGCCUUUGGCGGGUGACUAGGUUCUUGCCUACUGGGCCUCUAGGGUAGGGCCGAUGAGAAGCGAGGUGUGAGAGGUGAGCCGCCUGCUUCAGCUUUGGAUCUUAGGCUGGGGUGAGAGACCUCCGGGUGGGGAAGACCUGGGGGUGGGGGGCGGUGUCCCCUCUCCACCCCCUUCAAAAUGAGGUUUCUUGAAAGAAACAUGCUUGUGAUUAGCUAAGCAAACACAUCUGCUUUCGGAGUUGGGCCUUCGUUAAUUAGCUGAACAAAGGGCCGUUUUGCUUUUUACCUUUUGCUGGGGGAGAAUGUGUUAUUUCAGGAGUGUCUCGGGCCCUCCUCUUUUCAAUUGCAGCCACGACGUUAAUUUUAUUGGGAUUACUGAUGGGAAAUGAGGUGGUGCAGGCUUCCGAGAGGAAAAGCUUGAUCAUUACCCCCUUUGGAGCUAUAUUUUUCCACCCAACCUCCUGCUCUCAGGGAGGGGCUGGGGGUGGGGGUGGGGGCGGACUGCGCAGCGAGUUCGGAGCAAUUGGAAUCAGGCUCUCGGUAUGCUGAUCUCGGGUGACAGAGCGUGUGUUGAAGCUGAACUCUAUAAUUUGCACUUCUGUUCCUUUAUUAGGCCUGGACAACGAACUAAUGAGCUUUGGCCCAGUACAAUGUCACUUGUAUUUAUUUUCUUAUGGCAACUUUGAGAUAGCGGAAGUGCUCCUUACCGAGACCCAGGGCGGUCCGGAGUCCUGCAGUCUGCUGUCCAUCCUGGUCACGCCUGCAUCCCAGGAGAGCCAGGGCAAGCUAAGAGCGCCCGCAGAGCUGGCAGAGCAAUGGACGGGGCCUUUAGGUGAGGGCCCUUGGGCCUUUCAGAAAAGCAUCAGGCUCUUUGGUGACCUGACAGUCCUUCAGGUCCCGGGCAUGUCCAGCCUGAAGUCCCAGGCACUAGAUGGUCAGGGUGCAAAGGUGGCAUUGUUUCCUCUCAGCUGCAGAAGAAGGAAAAAUCCUGCCACCAAGUUUGCCAGGCCAAGGAGCCCUGGGAACUAGCCGGGCUGCUCUGGGGUGGUCUGGACAUCUGUUGUAUGGUAUAGGAGGCCUGGGCUGGCUCUGUAGCUAUAUGGUUGAAGGGAGAAAUGGAGAGGAUGCUUCAGAGGGGUUCUCAGGACCCUGGAGUGGGGGCUUCACCCCUUCCUAGUUUGGCUGCUCCAAAGAGUUACAGUUGCAGAGACUGGAAUGGGUAGACAGUUGGGCAGAAAGGGUGGGCAGAGGCCGUGUGGCAACUGUAUGCCCUGACAGAAUAUGAACCCCCUCCUCCAACACACACAGACACACAGGCAAGCGCAUGUGCACGCCCUCACACACACACAUGCUUGCACAUGGAGUGCAGGGGGACUUUGGAAGGGAAACCCUCAAACUGGAGGGGAAUGAAUACUUCGGUCCACAGCCGGAGACUUCCCAGGACUCUCACCUGGCUCCCCACUAGGCAUUCCUUGCUAAUAACACCCAGGCACUGUGCCCAGGCUGCCCCACCUCUCCUCCUCCACCCCUCUGUCUUACCAUCCCCCCAUCCCUUCCUUCCUUCGUGCAAAUGGGUGUUAACGUGGGUCUUUAUGUUCUGUCUAUAACUAGGAUGUAAUCAUGCGCCCCAUGCUUCUCUCUGAAAGCAUUUAAUAAAUGUCUAUUAAAGCGCUACAAAUGUAAGAUGAAUUUAGUGGCUCGGCUGCCUCCUUGAAUCCAAACGGUAAUGAUGGAUUUAUCAACGGGGAUUCGCCUUCAGCACAGUGAGGGAGGUUUACUCAGCAAAUAUGUUGGGGCGAGCACCCACCCAAAUACAAUCAUUUGAUCCCCUGCAGGCGCUGGCCACCAUGCGGCUUCCUCCUGCCAGGUCAGCCAGGCAAGGUCGUCCAGGGCCGGUGCUAGGCCUCCUCCAAGUUUGACCUCUGGUAGUCUUCAGCCAGCCUGUAGAUCGCAGUCUCUCUGUGGCAGGUGUGGGGGACCUGGCAUGUAGGUCAGAAGCUGGGGAGUGGCCGUAGAGGUACCAGAGCUCAGGAUGCAGUAAGUGGAGACUGGCCUGGCUUUGCUAGGAGACCUCAGUGGGCUCCCUUGUACCCUUCUUGGCUUGGCCCCGGGCACCAUUUUAGAGAGGACACUUCUGAACAGAGGUCCCUAGUCCUCAGGCCCUCAUAGAGGGUCAGUGUGCCCAUCCUCCUUGGGCUCUCUGGACCUCACCACAUAUAAGCAGUCAAAGCGACUGUCCUCAAAGAUUAGGGAGGCACCUCCAAGACAAGGGUGAACCUUGCCAGCCUCUUGCCCUAGACAGAUGAGGCUUUCCUCCGGUUGCCCCUGCCCGCUCGCCGGGCCAUUUGAAAGUGCUUAUGGCUGUGGACGUUGAGAAUUCAGUUUGGACUGCGAUCAUUAACGCACAGCCCAUUGACCACCACCUCCUCCUUUUUGUCUUUUAUCUUUUUUUUUUUUUUUUUUUUUGAGGGGGAGGAAAGUGCUGGCCUGUUCCAUCAAGCCCAGUACGCAUUUGCUUUGGCCUCUGAUUUCUCUUUCUUCUUUGGAAAUUUCAUUGAGAUGUCUCUGUACUUCGCUUGUCAGUUAUCUUUGUUCCUUUUAAAUAAAGGGCUUUUAAAUGGACUUAUUGCUCCCAGCGUGGGUUCCUCUCUCUAAAUGUUAGAAAAUUGUGCCAUCUACCCGCUAUGUUGAGUACUGUCACACUCGGAGACCUCAGGGACCUCCGGGCCGGCUUCAAUGCUGCAGUGUCAGGGGCCGCGGGCAGCAGGAGGAGGGGGCGGCUCACGUGGAUUUUUACAGCUCUCCGCCUGCAGCCGGCCCGCGUGGUCGCCACAGGGCACGGCCCGCGAGGCGCGCAGCCGCCAGCUCGGUGGCCGCCGCGAACUUGGCGGCUGCUGCUGAGCCUUUUCCAAAGCGCAGCGUGGCGGGGACUCUUUCCUUUUCGGCGAUGCCACUGGCCUGGCCGAGGGGCCGCCGAGGCUGGCUGCAGAUGCCAGCAGCUGCCUGGGGUCCAGGAGAGCGAGGACAGUGGGGGAGGGGCCUUCGGCAGGCGCAGGAGAAGCAGUCACCCCGGCACCGCGCAGCUCCGGAGCGCUCGGGCCGGCACCUCGCAGCAACCUGCGGCUCUCCGGGGAAGCCUGGCUGCAGCCCUGCGGCCACUCUGCACCGAGGCCUCCCUGUCUCACGGCCAGCGAGCGCUGGGCAGCGCAGCCCAGUCGGGCUUCGACUUUCAGCCGUUCGCUAGGGUCUGGAAAUACAUUGGGAGAAGCUGGUUGUUCUCUGCUCUCCCGGACCCACGCUCCUCCUCGGAGCUUGUCUGCUGCACCAAGCCUGCGGUACUUACAAUCGGCACCACUCAGGAUGAAAAGAGGAGACGUCCACCCCUGCCCAGGACCCUGCUCCUCUGACUUUACUCUUCACUUGAAGUUGUGGUUUCUGUCCUGAGUUCUGUGGCUUUCACUGAGAAGCAGCUUGGAAGAAAAUGGGGUUGACUUGAUAUAUUUUCUUGUGUUCAGCUCUUUAUAUGUAAUUUUGAAUCUUUUCAAAAGCAAUUUAACUGUUAAAAGAGCAAAACAUUGUUUCCAAUA